CGAGAAGAGGUGGAGCUGAGACGAAUCUUCCGAAUGGAACAGCAUAAACAUCAAGAGUUAGAGAAGGAGAAGAAAGAGAUUAAAAUGGUCGCGGAUAUUGACAAAGCAACUACUGCUCAGGAGCAGGAAGAACUGAAUCGCCAUCGUCUUGAGGCAGAGUUGCAAAAAGAAAAAAUGGAGAGCAUGCGGCGGCAAAAAAUUGUAGAUCAGAUGCGCAAAGAAGAAGCCGAUGCACAGAUCGAAUGGCUAAAAAAGGAGUUCGAAGAUUUCCGGCGGAAAGGUAAACCCGAGCAACAGCGUCUAAUCGAGCGCAUGAAAGCCGUCCAGAAUGAACUGCUGAACUCUUCCUGGGCAGUUUCUCGUCGCAAGGCCUCAUUGUAUUCCGAGCCAUGA